GUUUGAUCCUCUCUUCUCUGCUCCUCCUCUUGUUCAAAGGUCCACAUCUUGUCUCCUGAUAAGACAGACUGAACCGUGGCCAUUCUGCACAUGCUCAGUGGUUUUUUUUCUUGGGAGAGUGCAUGUGAUUUGCACAGGACCAAUCAGCACUGUCCAGACAGAAGUCAGAGGUUUUGCAUCCUCCUAGAGCAGAAAGAAAACUCCUCCUACAAGCUUUAACAUGUGCUCUGCUGAACACUGAUAGAAGUCACAAGACUGCUCUAACUGCUGAUGAGAAACGGUAUUUAGCAGUUUAUAUUUACUAA